AGCCCUUGGUGUUAGUGAUGUAGUAAGCGCUAAGAGUGAACGAAGCACCAUUACGGUUCCAGCGGAAGUCACCGCCAUUUAUAGGCGAGCAGGUGACUUCCGGUGAAUGAGGCCACGCCCCCUGAGGCGCGACACCGCGGUGUUGAUCCCGAGCUAGCAUGAAGCCGUGACUAGCCGCGGACGGUGGCGCUGAGCGGCGGUUUGUGUUUCAGCCGGAGAGCCGGAGUUUAAGGUUAAAAUGCAGUUUAUCGGGUUUAUCUGAAUUCCCGCGAGAUUUUAGAACCGACACCGCGAUUAAAGGAGAUUAAUGAGGAAGAAGACGAUGAAAGGCGGACCGGAGAAGGCGAUGUUUUCCCAAAGUUUCCCCCGCGCUGAGGAGGAGGAGGAGGAGGUGCUGAAGCAGGAGGAGGAAGAGAGGAGCGUCUCAGACCCGUUCGUGGUGGUGAAGCUGGAGGACGAGAGAGAGGGACAGGAGGGGGACAGGACAGAGACAUCACCGGGGACCGGCUCGGCGCUGGAGAUCAGUCUGUUCGCCCCGCUCGGGUCCUCCGAGGAAGAGGAGGAAGAGGAGCUGCUCACACGCGCGCACACACCGCGGGCCUGCUGGCCCAACACUCCGGGUGGGCGUGAUGCCAGUCCUCCGAGGCGCCAGAAAGCACGCAGAAAGCGGCCCAAGAACACUCGGCAGAGACGCAGGACCGGUCCUGCAGUCGCGUCACAGACGAAAUCGUCGGAGGAAACCGACGACACGGACGAGCCAUCCAACCACGCCCCUCCAGUGAAAUGCGCCAAGUCCACGAUUUGGGACUUCCCCUCUCACAAGACGGCACGCUCCGGGGUCUGGGAGUACUUUGAGUAUUUUAUAAACCCAGAGGGCGAGCUGGAGAAUUAUGGUUUCCCCACGUGUAAACUGUGCCAGCUGAAAGUGGCGUGUAAGAGGGGGAACACGUCCAACAUGCUGCGCCACCUGCAGGAGAACCACACCCUCGCCUACCGAGAGGCCAAGAGAGCAGACACCCUGUGGCCCGACCUGGACUCCUCCGAUUCAGACAUGAAAGUGGAGUCGGAUGAGCAGAACCUGAAAUCAGACUCGUCCAGCGUAGAGAAGCAGAGCGAAGACGAAAACGAGGAUGACGACGAUUAUGAUGACGAUGAUGAUGAUGGCGACGAAGAUUACGUGGACCGUAGGGUCACGGCCUCUCCGAGGCGGAAGAGGCGGGCCCGAUCAGCCGUGUGGCAGUAUUUCAGUUCUGACCAGGACAGAAAGCCGAGCUGUAAAAUCUGCAGCUGGAAGCUGACUGCCGGAUCCUCGGGCAGCACGAGCAACAUGAGACAUCAUCUUCAGAGCCAGCAUCAGAUCGUGUGUCCACUCAAUAAGUCCGCCGGUCUCUUUAUGCCGUUACCCGAAGGAGACGAGCCGAUUAAACUGUAUCCGCCCACGACGCCUCGCAAGUCCGCCGUGUGGAAGCUCUUCGGCUUCGUCAUGAACAACGAGGGCUUGCUGGAAGAGAACGGCUUCCCCAUCUGCAGGCUGUGCCAUCAAGUCGUCGCAUCCAAAGACGGAAACACGUCCAACAUGUACAGCCACCUGCAGCACCAUCACCAGGCCGUGUACGCAGAGCUGAAGCAUGCGAUGGCUCCUGUGGGCCUGGAGCAGAGCCCAGACCUCUCGGACACCACAGAGCUCCAUCCCCCUGUCAAACGAAGGAACUCACCUGUUUGGAAAUAUUUUGGAUUUAUUAGAGACACCGAGGGUGAUUUGAAGGAGGACGGAUUCCCGCUGUGCAAAAUGUGCCAUCGCAGAGUGGCGGCUAAAGACGGAACCACGUCAAACAUGCUGAACCACCUGCGGCGCCACCACCCGGCCGAGUAUGAAGAAGUGAAGCUAGCGAAUGAAACAUUGCCUCCGAGUCGUUCAGAGGAACCGAACGACCUGCCUGAGCUGUUCCCUCCCAGCAUCCUCCCCCUGUCCCCUGUCUGGGACUACUUCGGCUACCCGAAAAACUCAGAGGGCGCGAUCGAGGAGAAUGAACGGCCCAAGUGUAAGGCCUGCAGACAGUCCAUCGUGUCCAAGCAGGGCAUUUUAUCCAACAUGCUCCGCCACCUGAAGUUCUACCACGACUCCUUAUUCGAGGAGCUGAAGUCGAGAACCGGGUGGCGCAGGUACAGGCCUUACAAGGAGAGAAGCAGAGCCCCGCCCAUCCAGGCUAACCCAGACGAGCUGUACCCGCCCAAAAUGGCUCUUAAAUCAGGCGUCUGGAAACAUUUCGGCUAUCUGAGGAACUCUAAGGGCAUGGUCGUGCCGGACGGGUUCCCCAUCUGUAAACUGUGCCUGAGGAAGGUCAGCACGCCGAGGGGAUGUACCACCAACAUGAUGGUCCACCUGCAGAGAUACCACAUCACCGAGUUCACAGAAAUGAGGCCGAGCGGUGACGAUAAUGAUGACCAAACUCAGAGACAGCCUGGAGAUCCGGGCAGACCGGUGGACCUUUGCCCACCGGAAGACGUCCUUGAGCCCGUGUGGGAGCACUUCGGAUACCCGAAAGAUGCAGACGGAGUCGUCCAGGUGGACGGCCAGCCGACGUGUAAAAUCUGUCGACUUAAAGUUUCCUGUCCGGGGGAGAGCACCAAAUUCCUGUACAGACAUCUGUGGAAGAAACACAACGCCAUCUACUUCGAGAUUAAGGUGGCCACCAGUUCCCUGAGAGGGGAGGACGGACUGGCGGCGCCGGUCCUAUUCCCUCCAACGCACAGGGUCAAAUCCGCCGUCUGGGAGCAUUUCGGCUACCUGAAGGACGCAGAGGGGACGGUGGUCUGCGAUGGCUUUCCAAUAUGCAAAAUCUGCUACUUGAACGUAGCGGCUAAAGGAGGCAACACCACGAACAUGUUCAAACACCUCAAAGAUCAUCAUAAGGCCGUCUAUGAUGAAAUCAGACCUGCUGUGCCCGAGGAGAUGGUUCUAGACCACACCUCUUCAGUUCUUUAUCCUCCUGAAGACCAAAACUCGAAAUUAUGGGAAUAUUUUGAAUACGUCAAGAACCCCGACGGCGCACUGACAGAGGACGGAGAUCCAGCCUGUAAGACCUGUGGCCUGAAGGUGGCAACGGAAGGCGAGUCGGCGUCCAACAUGAUGAAACACCUUCAGGAGAACCACGAAGACACGUACGCUGAAGUACAGGAAGCUCUGAAGAACCAGAGGAACGAAGACGCCCCUGAGCUCCCGGAGCUUCAUCCUCCUACACAAAACGCCUAUGCUGUUUGGGAAUAUUUCGGCUUCCUGAAGGACGCAGAAGGGUCGGUCGUGUUCGACGGUUUCCCAAUCUGCAAACUCUGUCGCCAGAGAGUGGAGUCCAAAGACGGAGACACAACAAACAUGUUCCACCACCUGAAGGUGAACCAUCGCAACGUGUACCAGCAGAUCAAGCCAGCAGUGGAGAAAAGGGUUUAUAAGCCGUUCGAGCUCUGUCCACCGAAUGGCUGUCAGUUCGACAUCCGGCUGUGGGAUCACUUUGGGUAUCCUAAAAACGCUGAGGGUGAAGUCGAAGAAGACGGAGCUCCAGUGUGUAAAAUCUGCCUUCAGAAGCUGACUGUGUCCUCCAGAGGAGCCAACCUCACCACCACCAUGCUGAGGCACCUUCGGAGGAACCACCAGUCCGUGUACGAGGACGUUCAGGAGGCGAUCGGAACCAGGAGAUCCGAGUGCAGUGAGGAGGCCCUGGACCUUUACCCCCCCACGCAAAACGUCACGUCCUCCGUCUGGGAGCAUUUCGGAUACCUGAAAGACGCAGAGGGGACAGUGGUGUGUGACGGCUUCCCCAUCUGCAAAGUUUGUCAUCAGAAAGUGCCUUCUAAAGGAGGAAACACCACCAACAUGUUCAAACACCUCAAAGACUCUCAUCGGAGCAUCUACAACGUAAUCCGAUCUGCUGUGACUAAUGAGGUGUUCGAGGACGUUCGCUCGGCCGCCGACCUCCACCAGCCCAGCACACCAUUUGAUCUGAUCCUCUGGGAGCAUUUCGGAUACCGUAAAAACGCAGAUGGAGUCGUGGAAGAGGACGGAGCGCCGUUCUGUAAACUCUGCCUCCGGAAGUUGGUGUCCAGGGGCGAGACUACAAGAAACAUGAAGCAGCAUCUUAAGGAGAACCACAACACUGUGUACACUGAACCCGAGCAGGAAGUACUGAGCUCGUUCAUCUUGGAGCUGGACACGGGCACUUCAGAUCUUCAUCCUCCAACCCGAAAGGUGAAAUCGGCCGUGUGGAAGUUUUUCGGUUACCCGAGAGACGCAGCAGGGUUGGUCCUGAGUGACGGCUUCCCCAUUUGCAAACUCUGUCAAAAGAAAGUGUCUGCUAAAGGAGGGAACACCACCAACAUGUUCACACACCUCAGAGAUUAUCACCGGACGAUCUAUAAUGAGAUCAAGGCGACCUUUGAUCCUGUAAGGACCGAGAGCGACCUGGAAGCCAUGGAGCUUCACCUCCCGACGGCGGACGCCCUGUCCCCAGUUUGGAAAUAUUUUGGAUACCCGAAAAACACAGACGGGUCUCUAGUGUCUGAAGGCAGCCCUCUGUGCAGACUGUGUCAGCUAAAAGUCACUGCUAAAGGAGGCAGCACAACAAACAUGCUCAUGCACCUGAGGGCCUACCACCUGGACGUCUACAAGGAAGUCAAGCCAGCCAUUGUCAAAAAGUCAAUCUACAGACCUUUCGAGCUCUAUCCACCGAACGGUCAAGACGACGUCAAGUUAUGGGAUCACUUCGGAUAUCAGAAAGACGCAGAUGGAGAACUGAAAGAUGACGGAGCACCGAUCUGUAAAAUCUGUCUUCGGAAAAUGAUCAAACCCCCGACGGGCGGGACGCCGACCACCAACAUGCUGAGGCACCUUCGGAAAAAACACCAGUCUGUGUAUAACGAAGUGCAGGAAGCGAUCACCACACUUAGAACAGCAUGGGGUAUCGAACCACCGGAGCUCCAUCCACCGACUCAGAACGUCACGUCUGCAGUCUGGCAGUAUUUCGGCUACCUGAAGGAUGCAGACGGCUCAGUAGUGUGUGAUGACUUCCCCAUCUGCAAGCUGUGUCAACAGAAAGUGGCUUCGAAGCGACGGUGUACGACGAACAUGUUUAAACAUCUGAAGGAUUACCACCGAAGCGUUUACGACGAGGUCCGGAGUGCGGUUACUAGCGAGACAUUUGAAGGUGUCUUCCAGUCGACUGAUCUGCAUCCGCCUAGCAGUCAGCACAACCCCAAACUCUGGGAGUAUUUCGGAUAUCGCAAAACAGAAGAAGGGGACCUGAUGGAAGACGGCGCGCCAAUCUGUAAACUCUGCCUACGGAAGCUGAUUUCCAAAGGAGAAACGACGUCGAAUAUGAUGCAGCACCUUAAAGAGAACCACAGCGGUGUCUACUCCGAAGUGCAGAGAGAAGUCAACCCGUUCACUAUCGGAGGAGCCACUGAACUGCCCGAGCUUUAUCCGCCCGAACACAGAGUCAGGUCUGGCGUCUGGAAAUACUUCGGCUACCUGAAGGACACUGAGGGUCCGGCUGACUGCGCAGGCUUCCCCAUCUGUAAAAUCUGCCUGGCCAAAGUGUCCAAUAAGGGAAAAGUCACAGCCAAUAUGACAGCGCAUCUGAAAGAUCAUCAUAGGAGCACUUACGAUGAGCUUAAGAUACCAGACAGAAGGCCAAAAAUUGUGUUGGCUGAAAAUCUCCCAGAACUUUUCCAACCAUCUAAACAGCCCCUGUCUCCGAUCUGGAAACAUUUCGGACUUCCCAAGAACUCUGACGGAGUCAUAGACGAGGACGGAUGCCCCAUGUGCAGAAUCUGUGGCAAAAAGGUUUCAAGCCAAGAUGGACGGAAAAUGCUAAGACAUCUGCAUUUCUGCCAUUUCUCCGUGUAUGAAGAGUUAAAGAACACGAUUAGAGCUUCAAAGCUGGGAGUGGACGCAGGAGGCAAGCCCACCGACCUCCACCCGCCUUCAAAGAGCGUCCGUUCUUCCGUCUGGGAAUAUUUCGGAUACCUCAAGAACCCAGACGGUACCAUUAACGUGGACGGACGCCCGAUCUGUAAGAUGUGCUUCCAGAAAGUGUCCAGUCACGGAGGAAACACCACCAACAUGUUCAAACACCUGGAGGACAAACACGGCCUCAGUCAAUAGCAGACAGGCCGAGCGGAUAAACGGUUGUGUGUGUGUGUAGGCGUAAAUAAAAAUCUGGAUGCAUGUGAACCUUGUGGACAAGACGAGGGUAUUGGUGGGGGGCGGGGGGAGGUUAACUAACACUGGAGGAUCAGAGGAAAAGACGCGACCUUGUGCCUGGUUUUAAAAUCACUGUUGCCUCAUAAUCAUGCAAAAAAAUAGUCAUUAUAAACAGCUGAAGAGGUCGUGUGAAUACUGUGAGGUUAAAAAACUAAAGUCUGUAUGAGUUCAGUCACAUUCCAGUAGAUCAGCUCUGGGGCGGACUGUUCUGUGCCCUCUUGCUAUCUGUCGUCUUAAUCAGGAAAAAAAGAAAUCAUGUAAUUUCCUGUUAAAAUUCUGGAAAAUUUAAACACUGAUGAAAAUCUGAUAAUGCAGACUUGGGACUGCGUCUUAAUCCAGGACUCUUGAGAGAGUGGCGAUCUUUAUAGCAUUAGCGUGAGACGGUUAGCCCAACCUGCACACAUCGUAGCACUUCCUUCAACAUCAUGUGACUUUCACAAGAUCAAGAGUUUGAGGAUGAGUUUGAUUUAGCAGAUGCAAUAUUCUAACAACUUCCUGUUUUUUUUUUUUAUUUGUUUUUUUUUUAAGUAGUAGUAAUGCAUUGUUGAUGGAUGAGGAGAAAAAACUGCAGUGAAGAUCUGGAGUUUGGAUAAAUAAAUGCAAACUGAGACACA